AUGAAGUUCGGAAAGCAGCUUCAAGCUCAGCAGAUUCCCAGCUGGACCGCGUACUAUCUGGACUACAAGGGCCUCAAAAAGAUCAUCAAUUCUCUGGCCCAAGGACGACCCGCAGAUGCUGCCCUCCUGGCUGCUGGCAUCUCCCCCGCCAUCGCCUCUCCAAGUCCUGCAGACCCCCUUCAACACUCAGAAGCAGACCAACAGCUCCAGCUACUCCCCGAGUCCUACAAUGGCCAAACUGCAAGUCCGGAGAGCAAUCUCAAACUGCACAAGGCUGCUUUCUUUUUCAAGCUGGAGCGAGAACUUGAAAAGAUCAAUCAAUUUUACUUGCAAAAAGAAUCUGAUCUCAAGGUCCGCCUGAGAACACUGAUCGACAAGCGCAAGGUGGUCCAAUGCAGCCGCACUCGCAAAUUGACUAAGGAUAACUCAAGUUUUGCAACUCUCUACGAAGGAUUUCGACAUUUUGAGGAACAUCUCCGCAAGCUCCAAGCCUUCGUCGACAUCAAUCAGACCGGCUUUCGAAAGAUUUUGAAGAAGUGGGACAAGCGCUCGAAAUCGAGUACCAAGGAGCUAUAUCUGUCCCGCCAAGUCGAGGUUCAACCGGUCUUCAACCGUGAAUGCAUUGCCGAAUUGAACGAUGCAGUGGCCGCAAACAUCCUCGAAUUGGAGGAGCUUCUCGUCGACUCCGACGAUCGCCAGCCCCGCUCGCAUGCCUCCGAUCCUAGUGCUGAUCAAAUCUCAACCGCUUGGAAGCAACAGCAACAACGAGUUGUACUUGACCAUCCCGCCUCACAGCGAACAACAACCCUCCAAACCGCUGUCGAGAUCGACAUCAUCGAAUUUGAAGAGCUGGAAACCAAUCUGAUCCAAGCCGUCAAGGCUGACAAUCGGGAGCAGGUUGCCGAGCUACUCCAUCUCUUACCUCUUCCCAGCUCCCCUCUCGAACAGACAACGUCGGUCCGGAGCAGGCUGGGCCGAAUCCUUUGGAAAGCCGCUCUCAGCGUCGAAGAACCACAGACACAAGCCGGUCCCAACAGCCAUAGCGCUCAGAUUGGCAGCAGUCGGAUGGCCAUCCUUACCCCUUCAACCGCCAUGGUUGAAAACGACUUGAUCCCAUCAUCCCGGCUCGAUUUCUCAUUCGUGGAUGACAUUAGUGGUCGAUCUUGUUUGCACGAGGCUGCCAGCGCUGGUCGCACUCGAUUGAUCCGCCAAGCCAUCGAACACAAGGUCUCGGUCUCAGCUCCCGAUGUUUACGGUCGACAGCCCUUGCAUUAUGCAGCCAUGAGCGGCUUUGCCCAGGCAUGUCAACUACUACUGAGCUACAACGCAGAUCCAUACUGUGUUGAUCACGACGGCUAUACACCAUUGAUAUACUCAGUCACGAAGGGGCGAGUAGAUUGCGUACGAAUCCUGCUCGAUUCGGGUAUCUCCUUGGAGCCUGCCAGGCAUGCUGGUCUGCUUCCUCUCUCACUAGCAUGUCAGCAUGGCCACGAGGACAUCGCUUUGCUGAUGCUCAAACGUGGCAGUCAGGUCCUUGCCAAUCAGGAGGGGAUGUGGCCUCAGCACCUCGCGGCGCGUGAAGGGCAUGCGGCAUUGCUACGACUUCUGGCGGAUGCGGGCGCAAACAUGGAUGAGCGGGACACAUUCUCUCAAUGGACCCCACUGUUCCAUGCGGCAAGUGAAGGCCAUACCGAAUGCGUCGAGGCGCUGAUUGCGUCAGACUGUGAUUGCCAGGUGUUGGACGAAAGCCGCAAAUGUCCGAUCCAUUACGCUGCUUGGCAAGGGCACAUUGGCUGUGUCAACUUAUUACUUGCUAAACAGCGAUCGAUGCGGUUGAACGGCGUGGCAAAACAAGAUAGCGAAAUGACCACUUCCACUCAACGCGCUCCUUCUGUUCCUAAUGGAGCGUUUCCUUCUGAUGUAGCGAAAUCCGGCAGCUUGAUGACGGGCUCGUCUACAGGGAUAGAGCUGGCCGACACCGAUGUGGAUUUGAUUCCUGAUCUUUCCCUUCCACCGCCAAUCAUCCCAUUCAGAAUAUACGGCCAUAAUUACUUGGACAAAAAAGCGUUGGUGCAGCUCUUCCUAGGACAUCCGAACACGGCCCGGUCGACACGCAAAGCGAUCCAGUUAUACGGACAACCUGAGCUCACAUCGCUCAAGCUGGUCAUCAGCAACCGUUCAGAUGUGGCAUCGGCGGUCCACAGUACGAUUUUACCGCUCGACUAUGAGCGUGAAUCAUUCUCUUUCCACACGGAUAGCGUUGAUCACUUUGCGCUGGAAUUCGAGCUGUUCCCCACCUUUGGAACGAAGAUCAUGGGCAAGGCCGUUGGUCUGCCCUCCAACUUCGAAGGGCCCUGCAAUCAGAAACCCUGCGUAUUACCACUGUUAGAUAAGUACCUCAAGGUGAUCGGCGAGGUGGCAUUUGAAUUGAAUGUGAUCAGGCCGUUUCGAGAUGUUCAAUUAUCAUUUGGAGGGCGGGUUGAAACGUACUGGAAAGCCAUGACCAACUUCUCGGCUUCAACCAUCCAAGCCGACUCGCCAAUGGGAUCGCCCUUUGGAACUCCUUCCAUCAACCUCGCCUCAAACGCUUUUGUAACGGCAUCGUCUCUUUCUGGAAAGUAUGUCCAGGUAUCCGUGCAAGUCACUCGGGAUGGCGUCCCCGUCGUCUAUUCCGGCACCACUCUCAACGUCUAUGGCUUCGAAAUCCCGAUGUACAAUGUAACAAGUGUCCAAUUCAUGAAGCUUGCCAGCGAUCUUUCACGGACGUUUGAGAGUUGCUCGUUGGCUCCCGACGAUCAAUCGGCGGACCAUUGGCACAACUUCCUCAAGAAUAGCAUGGUCACCUUGGAAUCCGUCUUGGACCGACUCCCGAUCAGCUUGGGGCUCGACCUCGAGAUCGCCGACCCUGGGCUCAGCCAACAUGGCUCGUUAGACCUCAACACUUUUGUCGAUGCUAUCCUCAAAACCAUUUACGACUCCACCACCAAAUCGACCCCCCAGAACAAUUCGCACAGACGCCAUCGACGUCGGCUUGUUUUAUCUUCCUUUGAACCUUUGGUGUGUACCGCAUUGAAUUGGAAACAACCGAAUUAUGCGGUCUUUUUCGCUUCGGAUUGCGGGGUGUCGGGAUGGAACGAGGCCGCCGGACAGCUCGUUACCCUCUCCACUCCGACAACAGAAACAAGUACUGCUACAGGGCGUGGGGAUCACGAGCUGGAUCGCCGGAGGGGGAGUAUUCUCGAGGCCGCAAAAGUGGCUAAAGCCAAUAACUUGCUCGGAGUGAGACUCAAUGCUACACUAUUGUUGCGGGUCCCGUCGUUGAUCCAAAGCACCAAAGAGAUGGGCCUGUUGUUGAGCAGCUUCGGGCCGGAAAGUAACGCGACUAUCGGCCUCGGAGUCGACGGAUAUAUGUCGACUGCUGGCGUCUUCGAAUACGCGUCGCACGUCGAACACGACUUGAUCGAAUCCUAA